AUGUUCGGCUGCUGCGUGGCAGGACGGCUGCUCCAGACGGACCUGCAGCAGGUCGACGAGACGCACGCGCUGUUCGAGCUCCCUGCUGCGAGUACGAUCAAUCAUAUCUCUGUAUUUCUCCUCGGAACUGUGCCCUUCCCAGACGGCUACGGCGCGACCGUGCACUUCUUCUGGCCCGGAAAGGGC